AUGGCCUCUUCUCAAGCUCCGAAUGCACAUAUCGCCCACACCUUACUCUCGCGCGCUCAUUCCCCCGAUACCGCAACACAACAGUUCACCGAGCGCGUUAAGCAAAAGCCACUUUACUUACGCCCGACAUCCCCCUCAGCUGCAGAUAAUCGCUCGCGUCGACGCCUACACCGAUUGCGCAAGAAAGAGUAUUUUCUCAAACACCAGCGACCGCAACCAUUAUCCGCCCGUCAGAAGCGGUCAUCGGGGUUGUACGACCUGCCAAAAGAGGAAUGCAAGCAUGCCAUCUUCAAGGGACUCCAUGCGAUGUGGAUCGAAUAUAUGCAGGAGAUCCUCGAUCUCAAGACUCACGGGCGAAGCGGCGUAGUAACCCCGGCUUCUCAUGGCGCAAAGCUUGUUAGCGCGGAUUACCAUGGUGCCGAGGUCGAGGUGGUCAGGAGCCGAUGCGCGAGCCGGGUGGGGGUGAAGGGAAUCGUGGUCCGAGAUACCAAAUUCACAUUUGUCAUUGUGACUGAGAAGGACGAAGUGAAAACAAUGCCUAAAGAACACACGAUCUUCCGUUUCACGAUACCACUUCCAAGUUGUGCAGUGGCCACAGCGGAGAGCACCAAUGAAACGCAAGGAGCCGAUUCUGAUGGGCAGCCUCGAUCUCCAUUGGUUUUUGAGCUGCAUGGUAGUCAGUUCGAGAAUCGACCGGUGGACCGCGCGAAUAAAAAGUUCAAAUGGAGGAACAUUGAUUACGUAUAA